AUGUCGACUUUGAGGCUGGGCAUUUCAAAUUUAGAUAGUGAUGUGGUCAUGGGUGAAGAAUUUUGGGGAAACCCCCCGCCCAAUACUUGCAAUUUUGCCAUAACCAAGACAACAUCACUGGCCAUGAGCUACCGCGUAUCGGGGUCGGACAGUAAGAAGUUGGUCCAGCUCAAGGAGGUCGCUAAACAGGACGCUGGCGAGGGUACCCGUAGACCUGCCGACUCUGAGGAACAUAAUAGGGGCUCUGCCGUCGGUGAGUUCCACGAGCCUCUUGUCCACAGUGCCAAUGAGCCUCUCGAGCUAGACAAGCACAUUAGAGAGCUUGCUGCCAUCGACAACACCGAAGACCGGGCCCAGCCGGAGCAGCAAGCUGAGAAGCCUGCCUUCGACCACAAUAUCAACUUGCCUCCCCAGCUCAAGGAUAAGAUGCCCGUUGUUCUUGUUGCUAGCCAGCCCAGUGGGCACGAGGACCAGAUACGAGACCCCCGAAACCACCAUGCCCUUCACGCUGCCCGGCUUGUUAUCGACUAUAAUUCUCAGGCUAUUGCUGACGGUAGCACCAAGGCUGCCCUUCUUGAGGAGUAUGCCGGACAGGCCGCUGUUCAUGCUGUCAACAAAGCUGGCCAGCCUGUGGGAGACAGACUCGCUGGAUACCUGAUUUUUCUGCUUGACGAGAUGAUCGAGGCGCUUUUCAAGCCCAUCAGCAACCCCAGCCUUCAGGCCCGCAUGAUGUUCCCUGAUCCUCAAUGCCUCGCCAGUCCUCCAGCCUUUCUGAUGCGGCAAACUUUUGUCCAACAGGCUCACGAAGCCAAGGCGAAGCACCGAGGACAUGUCACCUUGGCCGCCAUGCAGGAUCCGGGUGUCCCCGGCCAAUCUGUAGAAUCCGCCAUACAAUUCGCCGACCCAUUCCAAUUCCGGAACCUGAACACAAACCAAAAGAUCUUACACACCAGGAGGAACAACUUGUCAAGUGAAAAGGUCACCCCCGGGCUGCGCUAUGCUAUGGCUAAGGAGGACUAUGAGGUUAGGAUGGAGAAGGCACCCGCUGUCGUGUUGGCUAGGGAAGAUAUCCCGGACAAAAUGCCGGCGCUGCCGCCUAUCCUAUGUAAUCGGGGUCUCGCAGCAGAGAGACAGAGGGCCAACACGAGGAUGAGGGCUAAGUGGGAGGAUAUUGUGUGGGGGUGA